CUGUUGCCAGGCCUCAACCAGGUGCUGCUGUCCAUGAAGAAGGGCGAGACGGCCCUGGCCCUGGUCAGCCCCGACUACGCCUUUGGCAAGAUGGGCUGCGGCCCGCGCAUCCCGGGAGACAUGGAAGCCCUGUUCGAGGUCACCGUGGUUUCGUUCACCGACUCGACUGACGCUGACGAGUUCGAUGAUCUGACCGAGGAGGAGCAGAAGAGGUCCUCCUUUCAGAUGCGGAUCAAGGCCAUUCGUUGCCACCAUGUGAAGGGCAACGAGCUCUACUCGCGCCGAGAGUACCACAAGGCUGCCCGCAGCUACAAGGACGCCACCCGCGUAUUUCUCUCGAACAUGUCCUUCAAGAACGAGGAGGAGCACCAAGAGGCCAAGCACAUCAUCUUCAAGGUGAUGUCCAACCGGACGCAAGCCCUCCUCCAGCUGGCCCGGUGGAAGGAGGCUGCCCUGCAGGGUCGCCAGGCGCUGCACUACGAGGACUGCGCCGACCCGGACAUGCGGCAGAAGCUCUACACGCGGCUGGCCAAGGCGAUGAUCUACGUGCCCGAGUACGAGGAGGCGUCGCGCCUGCUGAAGCGGGCCGAGCGGCUGCGGCCGCGCAGCCGUGACGUCAUCGCCCUCUCCGAGCUGCUGGCCGCGCGGCAGAAGACCGACAAACUGCAAGAGGUGGAGUUCGCCAAACGUGCAUUUCAAUCCCACAAGCAGGUCGACACCGCGGAAGCAGCGCUCAACGCCGACAGCGAAUCAAAAACGGAGCAGCCGGAGCCGGAGCCGAAGCCGGAGCCGACUACAAUCCGCGUGUCGGACGAGUUCAAGCACGACAUCGAGCGCACGCUGCGCCAGUUCCUGGCGGACCCGUGCCGGCGCGAGCUGGCGCUGCCGCUGCACCAGUCGGAGGACGGCCACCACAAGCUGGCGCACAUCUGCGUCCGCUGCCGCCAGCUGGGCCUGCGCUUCGUCGCCGACAGCGGCUGCGGCCGGCCGCGUGUCGUCAAAGACUAGCCGCGGCGGAGCUGAAA